AUGAGCCACACUCCUGUAGGCGGCCACCCGCAAGGUUGGGAGCACAAGCUUGCAGACAGGUCGUCGCUGCCGCCGGCUUCAGGGGAGGAGAAAAGUAAAUCUCAGUCCAGACAUGUGUUCACUCAGCCACAUCUCUCUAAGGCGGGUAUGGCGUCGUGGCGCGAGGAGACGGAGGGCUCGUCGGGCAGCUCGGCGCGCUCGCCCGCCUCGCCGCCCUACAUCCGCUGGGCGCGCACCCUGCACCACCUGCUCGAGGACGCGGAGGGCGUGCGCCUGUUCCGCAAGUUCGUGUGCGGCGCGGGCGGGCUGCACGUGGACCGGCUCAACUUCUACUUCGCCGUGCAGGGCCUGCGCCAGGAGAGCGAGCCCAGCAAGAUACGGCAGGUCGUCUCCGCGAUAUACAAGUUUCUGCGCAAGUCUCAGCUAGCGAUGCCCGAGGAGUUAAAGCAGCGCGUAAAGCAGUUGCUUAAAGAUGGCGGUAACAUAGAGAAGACCAUCUUCGAUAACAUGGAGCAAGAGGUGACGCGCGCGAUCACAGAGUCGACUUACCAGGCGUUCCUGCGCUCCGAAGCGUACGUGUCAUACGUAAGCGCGGCGACGCAGCCACUGUCCUCGCCCGACGCCUCGCCGCCGCACUCCAGAGAGACGAGCGUGGGCGGGCUGGCGACGCUGCACGAGGGGCAGGAGCUCGGGCCGACGGCGGCGGUGGGCGCGCGCCUCACGCACGACGCGCUGCUGGCCACGCAGUCGCGCCGGCUGCACUGCGACGUCGCGCCGCACCGCAAGCGCUCGGUGUACAGCGCGCACGUGUCGUACGCCGGCUACACGCCCGCUUCGCGCCAGGACUCCGAACGCGCUAGUCUCAGCAGCGGCCGCACCGACAGUGACGCCGUGUCGCUCUCUGGCAGCAGCGUGGACGGCGCGUGCGCGCGCGCUUGUCGCGAGGCGCGCGAGUCGCGCGAGGCGCGGCGCCCGCGCCUGUACGGGCUGGACCGGCACGCCGUCAUCAACAAGGAGCAGGACCCCGCCAUGGUGAUUCCCCGCACGCAGCGCGUGCAGGCGGAGCAGCUGCGCGUGCUGCCGCCGGCGGAGUUCGCGCCGCUGCUCAUCGAGCGCCUCGAGCGCGUCAAGCGCGAGCUGGACAACAAGGAGCGCCUCGAGAGGAGGCUGGCCGAGGGCGAGGGCGACGAAAUGUGUGCGCAGACGUUGCCGCCGCAGUUAGUCGCGGCCGCCAUCCGCGAGAAACUGCACAUCGACGACGACAACGAUCAAGACAUACUCGACCAGCACGUAUCACGCGUGUGGUCGGAGCGCACGCCAGGCGCGUCCCCUCCCGGAGGGCGGCGAGCACGCGGCCGGCACGGGACGCACGGGUCACACGGGUCGCACGGGUCACACGGGUCGCACGGGUCGCACGGGUCACACGGGUCGCAUGGGACACACGGGUCGCGCCGCGCCCCGUCGGCUCUGUCGGCCGACUCGGGCCACUACGACGCGCCGCCCGACUCCUUGCAUAUGCCGCAUUCACUCACGAGGAGGUCGUUCUCGAAGAAGACGGUCACGGAGUUGACGGACAGCGGCGUGUCGGUAGUGAGCGAAGGCACCAGUGCGGCGGGAGUGGAACCGCGCAUUUUGCUGUGGAUAGCCGAAGGAUCGGAGAGGAUGGACCGCAAGAAUUACAGAGAGCUCUCUUCGAGAGGGUCGUCGGCUGACCGAGACGAGCACCGGAGGAGGGAGAAACAAUCGCAGAGGGCUCGAGGCUACGGUGCGGUCCGCAGGGCGGGCGGGCGGCCGGGCGGCGAGCACACGGUGGUGGUGGUGAGCUUCCUGGACGAGAGCGUGCCCUACCGGUUCAAGGUGCCCGCCGCGCCGCUCACGCUGCGCACCUUCAAGGACUACCUGCCGCGGAAGGGCAACUACAGAUACUUCUUUAAGACGGAGUGCGCAGACCUCGACAACACCGUGAUCCAGGAAGAAGUGAGCAACGACAACGACACGCUGCCCAUGUUCGAGGGGAAGGUUAUGGCGCGCGUCAAGAGCGUGGAGUGA